ACUUCAACAUUAAUGUUUUGCAGUUUGUUUUCUGUGUCGGUGUAAAAAAUACUUAUGUCGUAACAAUCAAAAUUAAAAUGGCUGCGCCUAUCUUCUAAAGUUUAAUUUGUGAGUUCAUUCGCCGGCAACGAACAUCUGUUUUCGAAUUCAUAAUGAAAUUGUGCUGCCUGUCCAACAAUCCCAGUAAGCCAUGCCUAGUGCUGACAUUCAAAGGGGUGACCUUGAUGUUGGACUGUGGCCUUGACCUCACGCAGCUCGUCAACUUCCUGCCCCUGCCCCUGGUGACCGGCUGGAAGUGGAACAAGCUGCCUGACUGGAUUCUUGCUGCAGAGAAGUUUGGCAAGCAGGGAGAGGAAUUGAGUCAUGAACUGAAGGAAUGCAGUGGACGAGUGUUUGUCAAUGGAGUGAUGGAACUGGCUCCACCUGAGAUGUUGAUGGUGGAUCUCUCCCAGGUUGAUGUGAUUCUCAUCUCGAACUCUGCCAGCAUGCUUGCUCUGCCCUUCAUCACUCAGUACACUGGCUUCAGAGGCGAGAUCUUCUGUACAGACCCAACAUUGCAGAUUGGCAAGCUAUACAUGAGAGAGCUGGUGACCUAUAUUGAGAGAGUCCCUCGGACCAAGUCAUGCAGUCGCUGGAAGAAAGCAGACAUACUCAAAAAUCUUCCGCUUCCAUUACGGGAGGCGGUGAACCCCACUUCAUGGAGGAAGUGUUACACCCUGCAGGAUAUAGACGCCUGUAUGUCUCGAGUCCAGGUCAUGGGAUUCAAUGAGAAAAAGAGCGUAUUUGGCUCCCUGACUGUGACAUGCUGCAGCUCUGGCUAUUCUCUGGGCAGCUGUAACUGGAUCAUACAUUCCGAGUAUGAAAAGAUCUGCUAUAUUUCUGCUACAUCCACACUAACUACUCAUCCAAAGCCGAUAGACCAAGCCCCUCUGCGUAACAGCAAUGUUGUCAUCCUGAGCUCCUUGACACAGACCCCACUUACCAAUCCAGACUCCAUGAUUGGAGAGUUCUGUGUGAACGCAGCUGUCACCAUAAAGAAUGGAGGUAACGUGCUGGUACCCUGCUACCCCUCGGGGGUGACCUAUGACCUCUUUGAGUGCCUUUCGGGCCACCUGGACAGCUGUGGGCUGAGUACCGUGCCUCUCUACUUCAUAUCCCCCAUAUCGGAUAGCACACUCGCUUACUCAAACAUAUUUGCAGAAUGGCUUUCAACUUCAAAACAAUCGAAAGUAUAUCUCCCUGAGCCUCCAUUUCCACAUGCAGAGUUGCUGAGCCUUGGAAGACUGAAACAGUUUACUAACAUACACGAUGUACAGAAUGACUUCAAGUGUCCGUGCGUUGUCUUUACUGGUCACCCGUCACUAAGAAUUGGAGAUGUGAUUCACUUCAUUGAAUUGUGGGGGAAAUCUUCUGCAAAUACUAUCAUAUUUACAGAACCUGACUUCCCAUAUCUAGAUGCCCUCGGACCGUUCCAACCGUUACAGAUGAGGGUGUGCUACUGCCCAAUCGACACGAGCCUGAGUUUCUCACAGGCCAACAAGCUGUUAAAGGACAUCAGGCCGCAGCAUUUGGUGGUGCCAGAGAGCUACCUUACCCCACCCACCUCUGUCACACAGAGACCAGAUCUGGUGAUAAACGCUGAUCUGUCGCCCAUGUCCUAUAAGCAAGGAGAUGUGAUCACGCUGCCUGUCAAGAGAAAGUUUGAGUGUAUAGAAAUUGACCCAAAGUUGGCAGCUACCCUAGAACCCAUAGAGGUGAAGCCGGGCUCUGCCAUCACCAUGGUAAAUGCUACUCUGGUCGUCAGGGACAACAAAUAUGUGCUCCAGCCUUUGAACCCUGAAGACAAGCUUGCCAAGCCUUUCAAGCCCAGAACAUACAUCUAUGGGACAAUCAACUGUAAAACAUUUGUGGACCUUCUCGCAAAGCAAGGAAUAUCAGAUGUUAAGUUGGAGGAGACAGAAGAAAAGGCAAUCAUAGAACUGCCAAACGAUGACAUACUGAUACAAGUGGAAAAUGGUUCUACCCACAUCAUGUGUGGCGGGGACGAAAGUGUGCGAGUGAAAAUCAGAGACGCCUUGCUUCAGUGUCUGCAGAAAUUGUGAUCUACUACUAAGGCUGAUAAAAUGGGGAACUAAAAUAGGGACUGAAGAAACUGUUAACUGAAUUAGGGGCUGAAGAAAUUGUGAACUAAAAUUGGGGCUGAAGAAAUUGUGAACUAAAAUUGGGGCUGAAGAAAUGGUGAACUUAAAUUGGGGCUGAAGAAAUGGUGAACUAAAAUAGGAGCUGACAAGAUUGUGAAAUAAAAUAGGGGCUGAAGAAAUUGUGAACUAAAAUAGGGGCUGAAGAAAUUGUGAACAACCACAGUGCAGGAGAAAUUUAAAACUUGAAUAAUUGAAUAUAUCUCUGAUCCACAGUAUUUCAGAAAUUUGUAGCUGUAAAUACAGAGUUGACUGGAAAGUGAAUAAUUUACAAAAUGUCUUAAGAAAUUUAUAAACAUGCUGAAGAAAAUUUUGUAGAAUCAGACAGUUAACAAUACUGGCGUUUGUGCUUUUCUGGCAUAUAGUGUUAUAUGGCAUAGAUUUGUUUGUUUGAUUGACUUUGAAUCUUCACCUAGGUUAUGAGGUCAAAUGAGAAGAUAUUUGUAGAUUACUUGAAGGAAAUAUUAAUAAUGCUUGAUAAAGCGACAAAGCA